AUGUGGCGCGCGAGAGAUCCCGGGCAACGCUGUGUACACACACAAACUUCUGCCUAAAACCAUGAAAAAUCAAUAAAUAGUUUAAUCUCCUGCUUUUAUUUCAAGUCUGGGAGCUUUUUCACUUUCGUUUGUUUCUUCAAAUUGCCCGGACGUAGCGUUCAUCAAGUCGAAAAUGCCCCGCAGACGACAGAGACACAUGCCAGGGAGUGGUUCAGAUGGAACUGAAGACUCGGACUCCUCCGCUGAAAGAGAGCAAACCAAUAGUUCAGAAAGCGAUGGAAACUUAAACAAGAGACAACGACUUACCAGAGCCUCCACGCGGCGUAGUCAAAGCUCUCAGGAUGCCUCGGACUUGAAACGAGCGGCGGACCACGACGAAUCUCCACCUUUGACGCCCACGGGUAAUGCCCCUUCCUCUGAAUCUGAGCUGGACAUCUCCAGCCCCAACGCCUCUCAUGAUGAGAGCCAGGCCAAAGACCAAGCCAACAGAGACUCGGACAAAGACCUCUCCCAUCGACCCAAGCGCCGCCGCUGUCACGAGACUUACAACUUUAACAUGAAAUGUCCAACGCCGGGGUGUAAUUCACUUGGUCACCUCACAGGGAAACACGAACGUCAUUUUGCCGUAUCAGGUUGUCCACUCUACCACAAUCUUUCCGCAGAUGAGUGCAAAGUGAAAGCCAUCAGCCGUGAGAAACAAGAAGAAGAGACAAAAGGACAAGAGGAGAACAACUCACGCCAUGCAACUCGUCACCAGACGCCAACAUCAAAACAGAGCAAAUACAAAGAGCAGGUGGCCGAGAUGAGGAAAGGAAGGAACUCUGGUCUGCAGAAGGAGCAGAAAGAAAAGCACAUGGAGCAUCGACAGACUCACAGCAACACCAGAGAACCUCUGCUGGAGAACAUCACCAGUGAAUAUGACCUGGAGCUUUUCAGGAAAGCUCAGGCUCGUGCUUCUGAAGACCUGCAGGAGAAGUUGCGCAUCCAGGGUCAGAUCACCGAGGGCAGCAACAUGAUCAAAACCAUCCUGUUCGGCCGCUACGAACUGGACACGUGGUACCACUCGCCUUAUCCCGAGGAGUACGCGCGCCUGGGUCGCCUCUACGUCUGCGAGUUCUGCCUCAAGUACAUGAAGAGUCAGACCAUCCUCAGGCGACACAUGGCAAAGUGUGUAUGGAAACAUCCUCCAGGAGACGAAGUUUACAGAAAAGGAGGCAUAUCUGUGUUUGAAGUGGACGGCAAAAAGAAUAAGAUCUACUGUCAGAACCUGUGUUUACUCGCCAAACUCUUCCUGGAUCACAAAACGCUUUAUUACGACGUGGAGCCGUUUCUCUUCUACGUCAUGACUGAGGCCGACAACACGGGCUGUCAUUUAGUGGGCUACUUUUCUAAGGAGAAGAAUUCCUUCCUGAACUACAACGUGUCCUGUAUCCUGACGAUGCCCCAGUACAUGAGACAAGGCUUUGGCAAGAUGCUCAUUGACUUCAGUUACUUGUUGUCUAAGGUGGAGGAGAAAGUCGGGUCACCAGAGAGGCCUCUGUCCGACCUCGGCCUCAUCAGCUACAGAAGCUACUGGAAAGAAGUGCUGCUGCGAUACAUGUACAACUUUCAAGGCAAAGAGAUUUCCAUCAAAGAGAUCAGUCAAGAAACUGCGGUCAAUCCUGUGGACAUAGUGAGCACGCUACAGUCUCUGCAGAUGCUCAAGUACUGGAAGGGCAAACACUUGGUGUUGAAGCGGCAGGACCUGAUCGACGAGUGGAGGGCGAAGGAGAUCAAACGAGGGAACAGCAACAAAACCAUCGACCCCAGCUCGUUAAAAUGGACGCCUCCCAAAGGCACAUGAGCGCCACCAACCUCAGGCUACUGAACUUUUCUCACCUCCAGCCUCACCAGCCACAAGUAGCCUCGACCUCAGAACUGUCAAUAAAUAUCAGUGUUUUCUUUCCAUUUCUUUUUUAUUCUUUUUUUUUUAAAAUUCUGCU